AACCGUAACGUUUCCUCGCAGGUUUCCUCUCCUCGCAGCUCAGCGGUUCUCCAAAGUUCAGACCCAGCUUCGCUCAGCAUCGCUCCUCUUCCUCCCAUCCAGCUCUUUAUUUAUCGGAGGCAACAUGUCUGAUAAGAAGCGCAAAGCUCCGUCUGCAGCAGAGCGGGGGCCCAGCGCCAAGCAGCCCAAGGAGGAGAAGGCUGCAGGCUGGCUGGAGAGCCAGGUGAAGCAGCAGAGGGAGGAGAAGAAGGACAUGAAGUUCAACAAGAAGCGGCAGAGGUUCCUGACUGACAGCCAGAAGAUGAAGCAGGGCUCAGAGGGGGUGCUGUACUGGAUGCUGAGAGACCAGAGGGUGCAGGAUAACUGGGCUCUGAUCCGCGCCCAGCAGCUGGCUGCUAAGGAGGAGGUUCCCCUGCAUGUCUGUUACUGCCUGCUGGUCCCUAAAUCUGAGCUGUCCACUCUGAGACAUAACGCCUUCCUGCUGAAGGGACUGGAACAGGUUGCUAAGGCCUGCAAAAAGUUGAACAUCCAGUUUCACCUGCUGCAUGGGGCCCCAGGAGAAGUGCUCCCCGGCUUUGUGUCUGAUCAGCGCUUUGGGGCCGUAGUGACGGACUUCUCUCCCCUCAGAGAGCCUCAGCAGUGGCUGAACGCGGUCAAAAAGAAGCUUUCUAAAGACAUCCCCCUCAUACAGGUUGACGCCCACAACAUCGUCCCCUGCUGGGUGGCGUCGCCAAAGCUGGAGUACUCUGCCAGGACCAUCAGGGGCAAAAUUACCAACCUCCUGCCAGAGUUUCUCACUGAUUUCCCUCCUGUAGAGAAACACGCACACACCGCUACCAGAACGGCUAAACCGGUGGACUGGGAGCAAACGCUUUCCUCUCUGGACGUCGACAGAACGGUGGGAGAACCAGAGUGGGCCAAGCCAGGCUCCAAAGCAGGAAUGGCCAUGUUGGAGUCCUUCAUCGACGUCCGCCUGAAGCUCUUCGCCACCCAGCGCAACGACCCCAACAUGGCCGCCCUCAGCCAGCUCUCCCCAUGGAUCCGCUUCGGUCAGCUUUCGGCGCAGCGUGUGGCGCUGCAGGUCCGGCGCUGCGGGAAAAACGCCGGCGAGUCGGUGGCCGCCUUCAUCGAGGAGCUGGUGGUGCGACGGGAGCUGACGGAUAACUUCUGCUACUACAACGAGAAGUACGACCAAGUGGAAGGUGCUUACGAGUGGGCUCAGAAGACGCUGAAAGACCACGCCAAGGACAAGAGGGAGUACAUCUACACGCGGGAGCAGCUGGAGAACGCCAAGACUCAUGACAAGUUAUGGAACGGAGCUCAGUACCAGAUGGUAACGGAGGGGAAGAUGCACGGCUUCCUGAGGAUGUACUGGGCCAAGAAGAUCCUGGAAUGGACCCGCUCACCAGAGGAGGCGCUGUCCAUCGCUCUCUACCUCAAUGACCGCUACGAGCUGGACGGUCAGGACCCAAACGGCUUUGUAGGUUGCAUGUGGUCCAUCUGCGGCAUCCACGACCAGGGCUGGGCUGAGAGAGCGGUUUUUGGAAAAAUCCGCUACAUGAACUACAAAGGCUGCCUUCGGAAGUUCGACGUAGCUCGGUUUGAGAGGAAGUACCGUCCCAAAACGGCCUGAAAGCCUGGCCUGCUUGGAAGGACGUAGAGGGAGUGUUUGAUGAGCUGCAUCUCCGGCAUUUUACCUCAGGGAGCUUGUCAUUCUUUUUAACCUUAGAUGUUUGUCUCUGAUAUAUUCAGUAUAUGUUAUGUUGGGACCUUUUCUUCUCUCUAAUCGACGACAACCUGGGAACGGUUUUGCAGGAUGGUUUUUAUAUAUUCAUUUUGGAUGUUUCAGAAAUGUGUUGCUGAGUCCUCUUCUAACCCAUUGUUACAGCACUCCUGUUUUUGUUCUUUUUAUACCCGAGUUCUACAGAUUUUAGGAUUGUGUUUUCAAUAAAUGGAUCAAAUGGA